CGAUAUAACACCAACACAGAAUUUUAGGUACGACACGUAAAGCGGUCCGAUGGUCAAAGUGGGCUGUCAUGGAAGGUAAACCUAACAGAGGCAGAGGAGGCGGUUGGAAAAGAGGUGGCCGCGGUGGAAACGACGGCGAUAAAUUUGGCGGAGAUCGCAGAGGCAGAGGAGGCCACCACCGCGGCCGGGCCAAAAAAGAUCACCACCGUGGUCGCGGACGUGGGGGCGAUGCACAUGCAACGGAAUUCCAACACUGGGACCAAGUUGAGGGUGACUCUCAAGAAGAGGGUCAAAGUGCCGUUUUCUCCCGGAGGAAACUGGAGUCCAACUGGGACCGGUACGAGGACUCGGAGAAGCAGGAAACCACUGACAAUCUACCCACUCAAAGAGGAACUGACUACCAUGUCCUUCUGGGGUCUGCAGGGGAUUGCUUCACUCAAUUCCGCUUUGCUGAAGAAAAAGACUGGGAGAAGGACACGUUUUCUUCCAGUCAGAUAUCUACCAUGAUUGUGGACCUCCCGGCGUUGGCCAAGAGACUCGAACAAGUGCCUCUUCAUCAGAGGCUCUACCUGGAAGCUGAGCUCAUUCAGGUUUCAACACCAGUCAAUUUGCCCACAAUGACUUUGGCCCCCAAACAGGAGACGCCCUCCUUUACCCCAUCAUCCGUACUGCCAAAAGACCCCGACACUGAUCUUAAUCUCACCAAGACUUUAAGCAGCGCCGCCAGCUCUGACUUUCGGGCUCCCUCGAGGACUGUUCCGCUCUCGGUGGAGGACGUGGAUGAAGAGUUGGACCAGCUGCUCACUUUAGCGAAACCACUGUGUCCUGUCUCAGGAGGCCACUCUGUCAACGUUGAGAGCCCCGAUGUGAUGAAAGAUUGUGAUGCAGUGACUGAGGUACCAAGAGAAGAGAAGAUAGAAGAGGCCAAAGAAAACCAAAUUUCACCCCCUGAGUCCAAUUCUGUCAGGCAGGAAAUGACUGAGGAGGACCUGGAAGACUGGUUGGACAGCAUGAUCUCCUGACGAUCAGAGACGUCGAUUAUGGCCCAAAAACAGGAGCUGCAAGCAAAAACCUGGACAAGUAGAAACCAAAACACACACACGGUAUCGCGCCCUCAAGAUGUUGAAUCAAAUAGGCACAUUGGUUGUGUUUAGCUCGAUUGCCCCCCACCCCCAAAGCAAAAUGACAGAGGCUGGGUCAGGAAUUUUGUUUCGCUGAGAAACGCUGCACAAAAUGCGCAGCUCUGCAUUGAUUGACUCGUGUCAUUUGGCGGCUGGGUGAUUAAGUGCUCCCUCCAUGAAUGAAAAUAUAAAUUACCGUUUCAUUUCUUCAUCGCUUUUGUCGACAUACAGUGGGGCUGCUUGUGAACAAGUAGCCACUUGCAUCCCUUGUCGCAGUGCCCGAGCUCUGCCCCUGGUUGUCAUGGUAACAAAUGGUUAUAAUACCUCCUUUAAGUAGAUGAGUGUUAAAAUGAGUGUGAUUGCAGUGAGUCUUAUCAGAGGUCAGAUUUUUACCUUGGACCGAUCAAAUAUGUCAGUAUUAGAACAGAGAAACAAGCAUGUGGGUCUUAUUGCCUCAGUUAGCUUUAUUCGUUCCUGUCAUCUCAUUCAAAUAAAUGCAAAACUACUACCUGUGAGUGUGUGGGCGUGUAAUGUAAGUUUCCAUAAAACAGCAGCUGAUUUA